UAUGCUAUAUAUAUAUAUAUAUACAUAUAUGUACGUCUAAUAUUUUGUCAGUAAAAAUAGCUUACAACCAUGUCUUGUAUAUCAUCACAAUGCUUCAUCACAAUCAAAAGCAUUUGCAUUGUGUUAUUAUUAUCGAUUACUUGUGGAGCAGUUUCUGCAAAUUCAAAUUAUGGAGAAGCUCUUACGAAGAGUCUUUUGUAUUUCGAAGCUCAACGCUCCGGAAAAUUGCCUUUGGACCAAAGAGUUAUAUGGAGAGGAGAUUCUGCACUCAGAGAUGGUUCUGAUGCUCAUGUUGAUCUCACCGGAGGGUAUUACGAUGCUGGAGAUAAUAUGAAGUUCGGAUUUCCUUUAGCGUUCACAACAACAAUGCUAGCUUGGAGUAGUGUAGAGAUGGAAUCACAGCUUAAGGCCCAUCAGGAGCACGGAAACACCCUCGCGGCUCUCAGGUGGGCCACCGAUUAUCUCAUUAAAGCCCAUCCUGAGCCCAAUGUCUUGUACGGACAGGUGGGUGAUGCCAACUUGGACCAUGCCUGCUGGAUGAGACCCGAGGAUAUGACCACUCCGCGCCCUUCAUACCGCAUUGACCCUCAGCAUCCUGGUGCGGAUCUCGCGGGUGAGACAGCAGCAGCGAUGGCUGCGGCUUCUUUGGCAUUUGCGCCAUCUGAUUCAGCCUACGCCAAAACACUUAUUAGUCACGCAAAAGAACUAUUUGAAUUCGCUAAGGAUUACCCUGGAGUCUAUCAUAACUCCAUUCCUAACGCGGGUGGCUUUUACCCUAGCAGCGGUUACGAAGAUGAGUUACUUUGGGCCGCGGCUUGGCUUCACCGUGCCACUGGAGACCAGACUUAUCUCGAUCAUCUAACACAAGCUUCUAAUAGUGGAGGUGCAAGGUCCGUUUUUGCGUGGGACGAUAAGUUCUUGGGAGCGCAAGUCUUGGUAGCCAAGCUUGUGUUUGAAGGGAAAGUGAAGAACGAAGGGAAGAUGAUUGAGUACAAGAGUAUGGCAGAGCAAUUCAUCUGCAACUGUGCUCAAAAGGGUUUCAACAAUGUUAAAAAGACCCCAGGAGGUUUGCUCUGGUUCUUGCCGUGGGACAACCUCCAGUACACUGCCACCGCUUCUUUCGCAUUAGCCACUUAUGCAAAAUACCUCGAAGCUGCACAAACAUCGAUUCAAUGCCCCAAUGGUGAUGUCCUUCAAGCUUCUGAUCUUCUUAACCUUGCUCGUGCCCAGGUUAGGCAGGCAUUCGUGUUUUUCCCUUUUAAAUUAAAUUACGUUUUGAGAAUCCUCAAGACUUAAUUCUUAUAAAGAUAUGCAAAGUGUUCGUAAUCUUCAUAGUUCUUAGGAUUUUCUGUGAUGAUUACAUGGUUUAUGACUAAAAUGAUUAACAUAAGAAGAAAACAAUUUACAUGGUUUAUGUAAUAGGUAGACUACAUACUUGGGUCAAACCCCAAGAAAAUGAGCUACAUGGUUGGAUACGGGACCAAUUAUCCUAAAAGACCACACCAUAGAGGAGCCUCUAUAGUGUCAAUCAAAAAUGAUCCUAAACCGGUGACAUGUAAUGGAGGGUUUGAAGCUUGGUACAACAAUCCAAAACCGAAUCCUAAUCUUUUGGUUGGAGCAAUUGUAGGUGGACCGGACGAGUACGAUGCAUACGGAGAUGAACGAUCUGAUUUUCAGCACGGCGAGCCUGAUACCGUCACGGUUGCUCCUUUGCUUGGUGUUCUGGCUGCCAUUGCAUGACCUUAAGUAUUAUUUUCUUUGGACUACAUUUCCCAAGGACGCUCUAGCAACUAACGUUUUAGGUCUAAGGGUAGAGAAACAAAAUUUGAUUUGUUAAAAUAUCUUGAUUUAGUGAGACAUUUUGAAGACUGAUGAGGUUUUUCCUCUGUUUCAAGACUAAAGUGAUUUCGGCUCGGUUAAGUUAUUUUGGUUUGUAGCAUUGAUUCUCUUGAAAAAUUUUAACAAAAAA